GCUGUCAGUCGAGAGGUUCUCUUCUCGGAUAUCUCUGACCGAACAUCUCCUGUCGUUUCACUCCCUCAUAUCAUGAUACAGCUUCGUCUCAGCUCUCACUGCGCUACUCCAUAGCGAAUGCCAUCACCGAGCCGAGGCCUGCCCGUUGCAUAAUCUUCCCCAACGUCGCCCGAUCACGGUGGGUCCGCCCAACCUUACUUACUUUUUGCCUCCCCGCCUGCUUACUUAUAUCUUUAAAAGUCUCUCUUUCCUCUCACUACUGUCAUUCUUUCAAUCAUCUAUCCUCAUCGUGUACUCACUGCUCACACUGUCAAUCCCCCAGCUGGGCAGGCAUUGAUUGACGACAGCCAUGUCUGCAACCACGGCAGAUGCCAGGUCUCGACCUGCAGACACCAAAAAGGUGCACAUCGCCGACACCAAGAUGACCCUCAGAAACUGGUACAAGCAUGUCGACUGGUUGAAUGUGUACUUCAUCAUUGGAAUUCCUCUCAUCGGAUGCAUCAUGGCAAUCUGGGUCCCUCUGCAGUUCAAGACGGCUGUCUGGUCUGUCCUAUACUACUUCUACACUGGUCUGGGCAUUACAGCUGGAUACCACCGUCUCUGGGCUCACUGCUCCUACUCAGCCACUCUCCCUCUGCAAAUCUUCCUCGCCGCCGCCGGUGGCGGCGCCGUCGAGGGCUCCAUCCGCUGGUGGGCUCGCGGCCACCGCGCGCAUCACCGAUACACCGAUACCGACAAAGAUCCCUAUUCGGUCCGCAAGGGUUUCAUCUACUCGCACAUGGGAUGGAUGGUCAUGAAGCAAAACCCCAAGCGUAUCGGCCGCAGUGAUAUCACCGACUUGAACGAGGAUCCUCUGGUCAAAUUCCAACACCGCCACUACAUCAAGAUUGUUCUGUUCAUGGGUCUCAUUUUCCCCACGUUGGUCGCCGGUCUUGGUUGGGGUGAUUGGAUGGGCGGUUUCGUUUACGCCGGUAUCCUGCGUAUCUUCUUUGUCCAGCAGGCCACUUUCUGCGUCAACUCUUUGGCUCACUGGCUCGGUGACCAGCCUUUCGAUGACCGCAACUCUCCUCGUGAUCACGUCAUUACCGCUCUUGUCACCCUCGGCGAAGGUUACCACAACUUCCACCACGAGUUUCCGUCUGACUACCGCAAUGCUAUUGAAUGGCACCAAUACGACCCCACCAAGUGGUUCAUCUGGACCUGCAAGCAGCUCGGUCUCGCCUACGACUUGAAGCAGUUCCGGGCCAACGAGAUUGAAAAGGGCCGUCUCCAGCAACUUCAGAAGAAGCUCGACAAGCGCCGCCAACAGCUCGACUGGGGUAUUCCUCUCGACCAACUUCCCGUCAUGGAAUGGGAAGAAUAUGUUGAACAAGCAAAGAAUGGCCGUGGUUUGAUUGCCGUUGCCGGUGUUGUCCACGAUGUGACUGAUUUCAUCAAGGAUCACCCCGGUGGCAAGGCUAUGAUUUCAUCUGGAAUCGGCAAGGAUGCUACUGCUAUGUUCAACGGCGGCGUGUACUUCCACUCCAACGCUGCCCACAACUUGCUUUCUACUAUGCGCGUCGGCGUUAUUCGUGGCGGUUGCGAAGUCGAGAUCUGGAAGCGAGCUCAAAAGGAGAACACCAACGUGGACUAUGUCCGAGACACCAACGGCCAACGCGUCGUUCGGGCCGGUGAACAAGUCACCAAAAUCCCGCAGCCGGUUGCCACUGCCGAUGCUGCUUAGUUAAAAUGAUGACCGUUACGACCUUUUUUUUCCCCCUCCUCUCUCUUUUUCUCGCUCUGUAAUAAAUAUAUCAUGGUUGGAGGAGCUCCAGCCUCAUUCCUUCCUUCCCCUUCCUGGUGUUUUAGACGGUUGCUUUUUUUUUCUCCCUUUUAUCUGGAGUUGGAAGGAAGGAUGUAUCUUUAUCAGACAAUAGUAGUCAUAGCGAAUACAGAAUUGCAUACAGCAGAACC